GUUCGUUUGACUUGACGGCUUGGUGCUUUUCUCUCUGCCCAGGUGACCAGUUUCUACCCUAUGUAAGCUGAUGUGCUCUCCCUUCUGCUUCAUUCCAUUUCCCUUCUCCCUUCCAUCCUUCCUGCUGCUCGCGUGCUGGUAGGUGAGGGUUUUUCCCCCCCCCUCCCCUACCGGUGUUCUCCUCGGGUUCUCCUGCUCUGGACGCGCGAAAAUAAAACAUUGAGCUGGUGUUGACGGAAAGCUAACCGCUCGAUACCAGUAGCCUGGAGCUUACGACUUCGCGCUUUAAAAGUCCUGGCAUCCCCCGUUUCCCCGCGCAUUUCUGAGCAAGCGUAACUCGUCGUCAAUUGAAAUUCGGCCCCUUUCGACUCGGCAAAGGGAUAGACACCGGUCAAUGGUUGAGCCCCAAUCAAACAAUCCCUACAGAAGGAGUAUGUCUCCGCAACCUCCCGCCCCCCCAGCCCCUGCGGUUCUACCAGAAACGACAAACUUAUCGGCCCAUCCGGCUCCUCUGCAGAAAUCAUACUCGACCACCACUACCAUUGCCGAGGAACCCGAAUCGGAAGAUGCUGGAGGUCGAGCCCGUGCUCCCACGAAUCCACCCGUGAUUCCCACAGUAUCCCUCCCCCACGCGUCCAAGUCAGCGGACAAGUCGACAUCUGACUCGAUUGUUAUUACCAUUCACCCGACCUCUUCGACAUGCACUGUUCAGAAUCCCGCUGAAUACCCUAUGCCUCGAACUUCCCUGUCUACGCAUCCCCAUCCAAGACAUUCCCUGUCAUGUGAGGAGGGGAAGCCGUGUAAUGCGUGGCCCGCUAGGAGGUUCCUGCAGAAGCAAGUCAUGAGGAACAAGACCAAAUGGAUCAUCAUCAAGGUUGUCUGCGCCGUUCUAUUUGUGGUUGGGGCCGUAGCUGUCGGGUUGGGAAUCAGCCAUGCUACCAAGAACAAGAUCAACAGGUCUAGUUAAGCUCGGGUGGUCGCCCUAGGUUUCGGUGGAUAAUCUGUUUAUAGUUGGGAAUGCAAAUGCAGGGGAGAAAAGGGAGUUCCCUUCGUGGGUAUUGCGAAUACUCUGGCAUUAUAUGGGCGGUUGGUUUUCGGUCUCGUCUCGGCUUUUUCUUUCCUUCUUUUCCUUUAACUCGUCGCGGUCCCAUUCUAUUGUAUAUUUUUAACCUUUCCCGAUUUGUGCGGUUUUCCUCUUGAUGUCAGUGCUGGAGGAGUUGAGCCAUUUUACAUCCUUUUUCUAGUUUCCUCUUUCCUGUUGGAGUUUUUUCUUAGUUUGGGAGAAUCCGAAGCGGAGUGAAGAACGCAAAAAAAACAAACAAACAGGGAAAGGACUUGUAUUUCGUACUCGGUCUCGUUUCUUUCUUUUCCUUUCAUUAUUGCAAAGCGAUUUAGGUUUGCCCAAAUCGCACGGAUAGGCGUUUAUUUAUGUAUUUACCCCCCCCUUCCACCUUUCUCGCUACGUACCUACCCAAACUCUAUCACGUCUCAUCAAAACAUCAUUCUCAUGGGUUUUCCUUUUUAUUUUAUUUCUUUCAUUUUUCUUGGUUCGGCGAUGGAGGCGGUUCGGCAUUGUUUUUUUUUUUUACCCAUUUUCCUUUCUUUUCCGUCAACCCCUCCAAAGAUGGAGAAGAGAUUAGGACAACAUAGAAGCAUCAUAUCGGCAAGGAGGGUAAUUUAUGGUAUUUGGAGA